CGGCCAUACACUUGGCUUUUGUAAGUGAAAAUGGAUCCAUUUUCAUUUCAACGGCUACUUCAGAACAUUUAUUGUCAUUCGUGAUUUUGCGGUGGAGAGCACAAGUUCAUGGCGCCCAAUGGCAAGACGAAUGAGAUACAAGGGGAGAAGACGACGCUGCUCCCCACCAAGCAGCUGGAAGCGCGUCCGCAGUACCGCUCAAUCAUCGUGAGCGUCUGCUCCUUCAUCCUGGUGACUGAAUUCUGCGAACGUCUGGCGUAUUAUGGUCUGUCUGGGUCUUUACCGAUCUUUUUCCACCGUAAUUUGGGGCUAAGUACAGUGCUGGCCACCGAGUUAAACUCGACCUUCACGUCGCUGUCGUACCUCACGCCGCUGCUGGGCGCGUACGUGGCAGACCGCCACUUGGGUCGCUUCAGCACCAUCGUGCUCUUCUGUUCACUAUACAUCGCAGGACUCGCGCUGUGCGUGUUUGCAUCACUCCCCUCUGUGUCGUCUCUACCGCUUUUUAUGCUGGGACUUUUCGGUGGUGUGGGUUUUGGCGCUGGCGGAAUAAAACCCAACGUCGUGGUGCUUGGAGCGGAUCAAUUCGACGUCGAUAUCCCCGCUCAACGCGCCGAAAAAGACAGCUUUUUCAACUGGUUUUAUUGGGCAAUUAACGUUGGAGCCACGUUCAGCUACGGAGUGUUAACGAACUUGGCGGUUAAUGGGCUUCCGCCGUAUAUUUCACCCGAUUAUGGGUUUUUCGCGUCCUUCGCCAUCCCGUCCGCGGCGUUUGUGCUUGCUGCGUUGGUAUUUUACACUGGAAAGAAACGAUACCGUCGAGUGCCACCCAAAGGCAGUGCACUUAACAAGUUUUUUUCAGUGUUGGUACAGGCCGGCGCUCGCUCGAGACGUGGCAAACUUGUACUCAGUGGCGGCUUGGCGUUCAUUCCAGGAAUUGUAGUCACGACCGUGUCGUACUUUAUUCAAGAUGAAUUCAUCCACAUGGCCGUCGCUCUGAUUGGAGCUGGAGCGGUAGCAUACGGGACGUUUGUGCUAAUUUUCUCGGGUGCUGCAACGGAUUGGUUACGCUUGGCAACACGGGCGAAUGGUGGGUCUUUUUCGACUAAAGAAGUGCAGGAUGCAGCGCAAGUGGUGCGACUGGCGCCGUAUUUGGGGAUUAUUAUCAUUUUCUGGGCUGUUUACGGCCAGAUGAACUCGAAUUUCGUGGUUCAAGGCUGUCAAAUGGAUCUCAGAGUUAAAGGAAGUGACGGAGUGCUGCUGUCCUCUGCGAUGCUCAAUAUUGUCGACUCCGGUGUGAUUCUGGUAUUUAUCCCUGUAUUCGACCGCUUACUGUAUCCAUUGCUCACUAAAAUGGGUAUCUACCCGACGCUAUUGCGCAAAAUUGGAGCUGGUUUGGUGUUUGCGAUGCUGGCUAUGCUGGCAGCAGGGUGGACGGAGCAGAUUCGUAAGAGUCGUCCCGUAAUUGAGGGAAUUCCCUCGAAUUGCAGCGCUGCGGGUGAAAGUCUACCCAUGUCGAUGAUCAGUGUGUGGUGGCAGACUCCACAGUAUGUGCUUGUGGGUGUGGCUGAGAUACUGACGAGUAUUUCGGCGUAUGAUCUGUUCUACUCGGAGGUCCCAGAGUCUAUGCGCAGUGUCUGCCAAGCUCUCAAUCUGCUCACUACCACGUUGGGUUUUAUUGUGACUGGAGCUCUAAACAGUAUUUUCUCCUUCUGGGUCACUAGUGACCUCAACGACGGCCACCUCGAGUAUAUUUACUACAUGUUGGCGUUGCUAGUGCUGGUUCUGCUGAUAGCGUUCGUGCUGGUCUCGCAGUCUUUCGAGUACCACGUGCCUCCACCAGGUCUUGACAGUGUGUCUGGCUUCUCCCCGGCACUCUCACGUGCUGCUAGAGAGCUCCGUAAGAAGCUGCAGUUCCAACGCAAUGGUAGAAAGUAGAUUGUAGUUAAAGGAUGUUCGGUAUCAAUGCAUUCAUUAAUUCUUUACUUUAGAGUUUCUAUACAUUGUAACCUUAAUUUUAAAGGUCACACUAUAC